AAAUUGGCAUUUUGCCUCAAGUUUCUUGCUCCGUUGGGCUGUUGUUACAAAAGUGAAUGGCCUACUAUCUAGUUGUGUAGUCGCCGUCGUUUUAAAGACUUAAAAUAGUAAAUUACAUAUUAAAUCAAAAUGAAGUUAAUAUAUUUGACGCUCCUGGUCCUCCCUGCGGCCCUGCUGUGUUUCCAAAGCGCCAACACAAUCCUCGCGAAAGCCGAGGAAGAUGAGCUGGAUGACGUAGUGGACAUUGAAGGGGAAGACAGCCAGGUCGUGGGAGAUGAUACGCUCGGUGAGGAUGAUGACUCGGUAGUGAAGUCGUCACAAGAUGUUGACACAACGAUCCUGUUCAUCAAACCGGUUACAAGCUUAGGAGAUGCUACUUUCGAUAUUCAAGCGGGUUUCCCAGUAGAGUUCCUCGUUGGAUUCAUCAACAAGGGUGCUGAAGACUACCUGGUUGAAUCAAUGGAGGCCUCCUUCAGAUACCCCAUGGACUACACAUAUUACAUUCAGAACUUCACCGCUCUGCCCUACAACAAAGAAGUGAAGCCAAAGCAAGAAGCCACCUUCGCUUACUCCUUCAUCCCCAACGAAGCUUUCGCUGGACGCCCAUUCGGAUUGAACAUUCAGCUCAACUACAGAGAUGCCAGCGGAAACUUCUACCAGGAGGCCGUGUACAACCAGACGCUGAACAUCGUGGAGGUGUCGGAGGGCCUGGACGGCGAGACGUUCUUCCUGUACGUGUUCCUGGGCGCGGGCGGCGUGCUGGCGCUGGUGCUGGGCCAGCAGGCGCUGUCGUCGCUGGCGCGCCGCAAGGCCCCGCGCGCCGCCGCCCGCCCGCUCGAGACCGGCACCGCCAGCGACGUGGACUACGACUGGCUGCCCAAGGAGGUCGUCAACCAGCUCAAAAAAUCGCCCAAGACACCCAAACAGUCACCUCGGGCUAGGAAGGCGAAGAGAUCAGCCGGAGACGAUUAAUUCAGCUGUCGAUAGUUUAUAGAGUGCACCGAGCAAUAUCGUGGAGUGCGGAGUAUCUACCGCGGUACUAAAAUAACAAUAGGCCUCAGACCGCCAGACAUAGGCAUUACAACCAGUUACCGUUGCCUUUAUAAGUAAAAAUCGUCAAUGUUCAUAGACUAUUUAGUAAGUUAAGCGUCUAAGCCUAUUAUUAUUUAGUCGAUUUUUUAUACAGACUGUGGUUUGUAGUUGCUAAGUUCAGUGUGUUGUGAGCGUAAAUUAUGGAACAAACAGUGUGGAAGCUUUUUAACAACGUGAGCGAUGAGAAUAUUAUUUAAUAAAAUGUUAAAUUUUUA